AUGGCGUCUAACGAGGAAGUGUUCAGUCCUGCUGACCGUAUUAACCAGCUUAAUGAGAUUGAUAAAGAUGUAGCUCAAAUACUGCAGUCUGCUGGACUUGCUAUCCAGGCACUUACCAACAGCCCUUCACAAGCUUCGGGAAUCUCAGAGACGAGAGAGUCACCCGUAGGAGGCGCUUUAGAAGCCCGUAAGAAGGCAUUCAAAACCGCAUGCUCCCAAUACUUCGCCCUUGUUUCGUCCGUGGAUGUCAAACUACGCCGACAGGUCUAUGCUUUGGAAGAAGCCUCGAUAAUACGUGCAGAAUCUACUGUUCCGGUCAAAACAGGAGAUGGUAUGGUUGGUGGAACGGGCGCAACCGCGCAAUCGUCGUCCGGAACCGUUAACCCACUUGAAACAAGCUGGCUAAACAGUCGGAAGGAUACGGUUGGGAAGGACAAAGAGGCGGAAUUGUGGGCUGAGGCUAGCAAAUUCAUGAAGAGCGUUGCAUCUAAAACACAGGAUAACAGUCACUCUAUAGGCACCGCCGAUUCCGGUGGGAAAGAAGGCAUGGAAGUGGAUUGA